AUCUUAACGGAUCUCUUCUCUACUCUCUCUUUAACAUUUUUCCUCUGUAUUCGUGAAGAGCUGCUUUAUGUUCAUGUUUGACGAUCGUUCUAAAUUGGAGCCGUCUUUUUAAAUGGCGCCGGAUCCAACAUCAUGUGAGCACUCUAAAAGGGCUCACUAUGUGUACAACGAGGGUUUGUCUUCAUAAGUAUAAGUUAUAUCAACAAUCAUUUCUCUGUGCUGUUGUUACUUGCUCAAUCUGAACUUUCACCGGGAUUCACACUGGGUUCUUAAAAAAUGUUAACUUACAUUAGUGGGAAUUCAUCUUUGACAGAUGCAAUGUGUCAUUUGAUGGCAAAAGAUGGUGUUUUAAACUUAGAGAGUAGCCGAUACUCUGGAAAUAUUCUAAAAUAUAAAAUCUGCAUGAAUGCUGAACAAAGCAAGCCCACACGUAAAGUCAGAAUAUUUAUAUACAGCACAGUAUACAUAUAUAGUGUCUGUGGAGCGGCACUUUGCAUUGGUGGGACUUUCCAACAACAAUAUAAUGUUAAUUCUUCAAUUCCGGCCUGCUCCCCUUUAAUGCUGCUCCAUUAUUCCUUAUGGAUUUAUAGAUUCUUGCUUUCCAUCUUCUGAUGUCUUGCUCUUUUUGUUUACUUUGACACGGGGAUGUCGACUUGUAUUUCAUAUGAUAUUAGACUGGCAAACCUGGAAUCUGCCAAGCGGAAACGUACAGAGAAAUGUGGACCUGUGUGACAGAUAUGGCACCUUCUCGUGAACCAUAUAGUAUAUAAGAUAAAUAUGGACUUUAGAACAUUGCAGAUGUGCCUUUUUAUAAUUACAGUAAAUGUGUCUUAUUCAUCAAGCCACCUCAAGUGUCUUUUACAUCCUAUAUCUGAGUCAAAUAUGUUGUGAAAAUCCAAUACCAACAAACUCAGAAGAAUAUAAAUCAUUUUUUUAGAUAAGACCUCAGCAGUCUUGUUUUAAAAAAAACUGUUUAAAGUAGCUACUAGCUUUCCAGCGUGUUUAUCUGUGUAGCCUGAUAACAUUUGUCUGCUGUUGCAAUUCAUCUACUCAUUGGUGCCCGCUGGAUGCUCUGUAAAGCAAACCGUAUCCCAGCUUUUGAUUUGUUUUUCCAUUUGGUCCAUUUCUGUUUCAGCACCCAGAGAACCAGUGCUUAGCUACUAUUUGGGAGCCAUGAGCUAUAGGUGUAAAUAGCACCUGGUUUGGCCACUAUAGAGAAAGCUCGAAAUGAGGACAUUUCCUCAUGGUUUCUUAUAUAGACGAGGCUGGAGGCCACCUCCUCGCCACCACUACAUGAUAGAGCUGCAGCUGUGAGAGUGCAGUUCAAGGUUAAACCAAAGCGGUCUAAUUGCCAAAAUGUCUCGCACUGUGCUGUCCUUGAGAUAAGAAGGUGUAAUAGAGUUUAUGUUCAACAAGACUAUAUGUAGUGCUACAUAGUCGAUGUCUGGAUUUGUUCUGCCUUGUCCAGACAAGGCUUUUCAUCGAAGGUUCUUUGUAACACAGCACAACAUGUUCUUUUGCUUCACCCUCUACUUCGCUCCUCACCGUACAUUGGCUGAUGACUAUCACAAAAUGUAAAAGAUUGCGUUGAUUUAGAAACAUUUCAUUGUUUGUUCACCAGAGAGCACUGACAUGUUUAUUUUUCCAAUUUUAAAGUAGCUAACUAGAUAUACACUAGAUAUACAGCUUGGUCAUGAUUCUGUAAUUUAUAAACUUACGGUAUUCUUAUUACCGCCACCAAGGAAGUUAUGUUUUCAGUUCGGUUUGUCUGUUUGUCAGCAGGAUCACGGAAAAACUACUGGCCCGAUUUUUAUGAAACUUGGUGGAAGGGUGUAGGGCAUGUCCUUGGUGGAGGUCUGCGUUUUCCAAGCGUACAUAUAGUUUGUUUAUGUUUGCCCAUGUGUAGUCGUGAGAUUUGUUUUUAACUGACUAAUAUUAAGUACUGGAUCCUUUCAUGAAUAACUGCUUUUAAAACGUUUCUGGCCACAGCCGGAGACAUCGCCACCAACCAGUUUCAGAAUUUAGACUGCAGAUUUGAGUUGGAGGACAUUUUUGAAUGUUUGCUCUGCUGGUUUUGACUAAGCUAACAAUACUGUAUUGUGUGUAAAUUUUGAAUAAUUUAAUGUUGACAGUAUCACCACUGGUGAAUUUAACCAUUCAGCAGUUUUUAUCUGGGUGAUGAGCUUUAAAGUAUUUUACAAUAAAGUUAAAGACCAAUAUCAAGCACAACCAACCUAGCUAGUACCAAACUAAGCAAACAGAAUGAUCCCUAUGGUGCUUAUAUGAUUCAGAUAGUACACAAUCGGAUCAAAAUUAAACUAUUCGCAUUAUGCACUUUUAAGACAUUAAAUUGCUGUCCAAUAUCUCACCCCAGUGAGCCUUAUUUUUCUACCAUUGUACAUUUUUCAAAAGUGACCUCUUAUUUUGCCAUUUACUGCAACCAAGUCUUUACAAAAACAACUCAUAUUUUUAGAUGGAACAGCUGAAACCAGUUUGCUCUUUUGCCCUUCAAAGUGAGGAACAAUAAUCCCAACAGAGACGUUGCAACAUAAAAGGUGUACUUGAUUGACAUGACGUAGGCGUACAUGAAUGCUAUUCAGGUGAAAGCCUGUUUACAUUUGGAUCAGGGUUACUUGCUGAUGAAUGCAGCUCUGUGUUCACUGAUAAAGACAGCAACCGAGUACACGGCAUGCUACCUUGCCUGGCCAUUUAUUAGAAACUCCUAACCAAUGAUUAACAGUGUCUUCCACUCAAUGUUAUGAAUGAGAAAUGAUGCAUAAUGAUACAUUAAGUUGUUUUAGGAAGUAAAAGUAAUUAUAGUUUUGGGUUGUGCAAUGAAAUUAAUCGACCUAUCUGUUGAUGUUAUGAACAGCAUGCACUAUGUAGUAUGGAUUUAUGCAAAUAUGCGUAUUUCUUAUCUGAUGUUCUUUCACUUUAUAUUUUGUUGAAAGUUCAAAUACAACAUGCCACUGCACUACCACAUCUAAUGUAACAUCUUGUAUGUUUUAUUUAUAUCUGUCUUUGUGAUUCAACAUGGAAUAUUUUCUAUGUUUGGAAAACAACCAACAAGAUAUUUGCAUGACUCAGACAUCUGCUAAGUUAAUUAGUGAAUCUAAACUAACCUGCAGACCAGAAUUCCUAAUUAAAAUCCUCACUAUUAAAUGCUUUUGAUGCCAAACCAUGUAAGCACCAUUUUGGUAUCCUUAGGCCUAACACCCACUAUCUGACAUCAAAUCAUUUGUGAUAAUUAUGCAAAAAAAUAAAUAAUACUAUCACAGUAACCAUGGAGACAGCACAGGAAACCGCUCUGCUUGUGUGGUUCAGAUGUCCGCCCUCAGAAGUAACAUGGUGAUAAAGCACCUCCCCCAAAAAAAAAAUCAAUCUUUGGAAGUUAGUUUCAUAGAUAUUGUCACAAGAACCAGGCUUCACAUCAGGACACUUCCACACUCCAUCAUGCGUCUAUAUUCUAUUUUUUUUAAAUUUAAUAUGAACAUACUUUACAUUGUUUAAACACAGUGUAAAAUGUCUAGCAUCGAGGAAGUAGAAAAUAGACAAUGCUUUAUGAUUGGGAAUGUAGCAGACUGCUUACCCUCUAAAAUUCCUCUAAGGUCUGCUGCAGAGACGCAACCCCACAGCAUGAUGCUGGGGUGGUGUGUUUUCCUGCCGAUGUGUUGCUGUCAUUCAACACAAGUAAAAGCUUUGGUCUCAGCAGGCCAUAGAACCUACAUUUGUUUGUGUGGUUGUUUCUGGCCUUCUGUUUGCCACACCGUCCUGAAGCAACAGUUUGUAUGCACAUGUGUGUCUUCAUCUCAUCGGUUGUACACAUCAGUGGCCUCAGAGUUACCAGAGGUCUUUACAAAACUUCAGUAAGUCAUUUAGACCAUAACAUCCUGCUCUGCAACGCUGGGUUGUCUCCCUGCCUCCUCCUCUUGUAAAGGGGUCAUAUAAGUGGCCGUUGUGUGUGUGGAAGAGUUUACAGGCUAUGGUCUGAGUGAUGGAAUGGAUUAAUGUAAUUUAAUUUAAUUUCCAUUCAUUGUGGAUGCGUGUUUCCUCGACAUCCAAACUAAAUUUUUCACGAAACUACCUUUCAGACGUGUGUGUGUGUGUGUGUGUGUGUGUGUGUUAAGGACUGCAAACAUGGAGUACAUCUGCAAUGCUAAUGCCCCAAAAAGGUUUCCUCACCCUCUGACAAACCCUACCCUGUCCCUGGUGAAAUGUGAUGCCUGAAUGAUUUGAUUUGGCCAACUCUCAGGAAGCCGCUUCCUCACUGCAGCUAAACAAGAGUGCAGGCUAGAUGCAGUUAUGACCAUACCAUACCAUUAUACCUUUUUUUUAUGAUCUGGGGUUUGUUUAUUUUAAAUGAAUAUGAUGUCUACUGUUCUCAGCUGUAGUUGUCUCUGAUUUGGUUUAAACAAGAGGUUUGAUAAUUAACCUGCAGUGUUAACUAUAUUAAAACACGGGCUGCUGGAGUAAUCCGUUUAGUGUACUGUACGCCCUCGUCUUUGUGAGACAUCCACAAGCAAAGAUAUUUGUCUUUGUCAGGCUCCAAGUGGGCUGAUUAAACACUAAAUGGUUUACACUGAGAGAUGAUGUCAUAGCUGAAGACUCCCAUUUGCUGAUGGCUCCUUGAGGGCUCAAACCUCAGCCCCGCUGGACAGUGCUGACCUCUUUUCUCUCCACAAAAGGAAGCAGGCUGGCCCUGCCCAGCUUUGAACUACCAAUAGCGCGCAUAGAAAGAAAACAAAAAGACAGUCAUUUGGUCUUUACUUUGCUCCCCUCCAUACCCUGUCUCCGCACCCGCCUAUGUCAACAUUUUAGACAGAGUUGACCCAACUAGCAUUACAUUUAACCGGCACCUUUGUAAUUGCUGUGUGGGCUCUUGUAGGCAGGGCAUUAUGCUGGACUUCUGCUUGCCAUAGGCGUGUGAAUGAGCAUGGAGAGGGGAUUGGAGCCAUUUUCAAACAUUGAAUAGGUAACAUUGCUGGCUUCAUCUAGCUGUUAAAGUUAUGGCAUCUUGUAAUUCUGACUUUAGGUUAAUGUUCCUUACGGCAGGAGACCUUAAUUACCGCAAGGGGGAAAAUAGUUUUUUUGUAUCUGAUCUGAUAUGACAAAGUCGAUCUCCUCAACUUCUUAAAAUGGACUCUUUUACAGUAUUUCCUAGUUUAUGAAAACGGAGCAGAUAUAGAUACAUUAAUACAGUGAUGUUAGAGAAGGCAAUACAAGACCUGUAAGUAAUCUUACUCUCUCUCAAUUCAGACUAGUGCAAUGUUAAAAGUGAUACGUAGAUGGUUUAAGAUCCGACCUAGUGUGGUGCAUUUCUGAAAGGGACUCUAGUUAAUGAGCAGAUUGAUCUCUGACGCUUAGUGUUGGUGAAAGGUAGCAGGUGAUUUGGUAUCCACCCCCAGCAAUACAGAUACAGUAUGUGGAGUUGGGACAGCGCUGUGCUAAGAGGCAGUUUUGCCUAAUUGCCUCCUUUCAGCUUCACUGCAGCACAGAGCGAGAGAGGGAGGGAGAGAGCGGGAGAGAUAGAGAUAAGAGUCUCGGUCCUUCCCAGCUGGCGCUCGCAGUGCUGUCAGACGUGUGUUUUUAUGUUUCCUACAAAAGCUCUCUUUUGCAAUGCUGUGUACUCAGCCAUGCAUAGGCUACAGAUCUUGUACAAACUCAGAACACUGCUUGGCUCCAAACAGGGGGGUAAUCAAAGUUUAUAAUGAAGAUAACACCAGCAGGGCAGUGGAAGUUCCCAGUGACAUCACUGCCCGGGACAUAUGCCAGCUGUUUGUCUUGAAGAACCACUGCAUUGAUGACCACAGCUGGACCCUGUUUGAACACGUCUCUCAUCUGGGAAUAGAGAGAACCAUUGAAGACCACGAGUCCGUUAUGGAGGUGCUGUCAGGCUGGGGAAUGGACACAGACUGCCGGCUGUAUUUUAGGAAGAAUUAUGCUAAAUAUGAAUUCUUCAGGAAACCCCUGGAUUUCUUCCCGGAUCACAUGGUCUCCAUAUCCAGUGAAACCAACGGGGUGGUGGAUCACUCUCAGCUCAUACAGACCUUUCUCAACUCCAGCACUUGUCCAGAGAUACAUGGACACCUCCAUGCCAAAGAGCAAAGCAGGAAGUCUUGGAAGAAGUUUUAUUUUGUCCUGCGGAGGUCGGGGCUUUAUUUCUCCAAUAAGGGAACUUCCAAGGAACCAAGGCAUCUCCAGUUCAUUGCCGAUUUCAGUGACAGUGAUGUCUACACAGUGUUGUCAGCCAAAAAACUACAUGGAGCUCCUACAGAUUAUGGUUUCUGUGUCAAGUCCACAAAGUGUAGUUCAGCCCGAGACUUGAAGCUGCUUUGUGCGGAUGAUGAGCAGACCAGGACCUGCUGGAUCACAGCCAUGCGCUUGUUAAAGUAUGGGAUGGAACUGUACCAAAACUUCAUUCAGCCACACCAGAAACAAAAAGCUUCGCCAAUGAGAAGUAUCUCAGAGAAUUCACUGGUGGCGAUGGACUUUUCUGGCCAAAAGAGUCGGGUUAUUGAGAACCCAUCUGAGGCGCUGUCUGUGGCCGUAGAGGAAGGCCUGUCAUGGAGGAGGAAGAGCUGCCACCGUCUGAGCAGCCACGGGAGCCCCUCCACAUCACAGAGCUCAGUGUCAAUCAUAGCUCUCCACUUGGCUCAGUCCUGGUUCCACGGCAAACUGUCUCGGGACGAGGCUCAGCGUCUAAUCACUCAACAGGGUCUUAUCGAUGGAGUAUUUCUUCUGAGAGACAGCCAAAGCAACCCGAAGACAUUUGUACUGUCGCUGUGCCACAUGCAGAAAAUCAAGCACUUUCAGAUCUUACCUGUGGACGACGAAGGGGAGUCAUUAUACAGUCUGGAUGACUGUCACACGCGGUUCUCUGACUUGAUCCAGUUGGUGGAGUUUUACCAGCUAAACCGAGGGGUGUUGCCCUGCAAGCUCAAACACCACUGUUCCCGGAUCACCCUGUGAACGAGGGACCCAAGAGACCCCCGAGGGCCCACAUGCACCUUAACUCCAGGGCCUUUCAGGACAUACACUCCCAGUGUUCUUGUGCCUUGAAGAAGAAAGAAAUACAGACUUAACAGCCGUGCUAACUGAAACCACUGUUGUCAUGCACUAUCGCCUUCUUCAUACUUUUGCUACGUGGUUCCUCCUUAUUUUUAUAUUUCAGAAAAAAGUUGAAUUUGACAAUAGACUGUAUGAUAACUGACUACAUGUGCUGAAGACGAUGUGCAGUUGUGUUUGUUGAACGUUAAUCUUUGGCGCUGUAAUGUUCCCACGUGUGGCCGUAAAUCCAUUGGUGCAAAGUCCAAACGUGACUUAUUGUACUGUGUACUGUAGAGCUGAACGUGUACUGCAAACAGCUUGUGAUUCUAACAUCAUGACAUCAGUGAAAGAAAGUAUUUUAUUACUCAAAUAUAUACAGUAGCUUGCAUUUGGGUUUUCACUGACGGAAUUUAAAUAGAAUGUCUUCUGCGAUAUGCAUACAGUGAUUUCAUAAACAUAAACCUGUCAUCAAUUUUUAUUUGAAACCAUAUAAUUCUGGGACUUGUAGUACACAACACCUCUGUCAUGUUAAAUUUGAGUAAAACUAAGCUAUCUUACUUUUCAUUGUCAUUGUAUUUCUAAGCAUUCAGGUAUUUAAAAAAAAAAAAAAAAAUGAUUGUUGUUUUCUAUUUGAGUGCUUAAACAACCUAUCAGGAAGUGCCACUGUGCAUGCCCUGUAAGCUGGACUGAGACUGCUGUAGAGAGACGGGGAGAGGUAACGUCAGGGUGGAGAGAAAUGGCACAACCUCACUAGCCUGCACUGUACAUUCAUUGUAAACGAUUGUGAUUAAAUGAGAUGUUUGUAUUACAUGAAAUAAGUUGUGAGCUUGCUCCACAGCGAGAACGGUGAAAUAUAUUUCACUCAUUUUAGAUAGUAGCCAUUAAGAUGGAAAUCCGAAAUACUGUGUGACUGAUUUCUAAAUUCAGUCAUGUGAUUUAGGUUUUAUAUUUUCCAAAAGAUUCAGGUAUACAGUUUGCCACUGCUGUGGAUAAAUAUUGUUUCAGAUAUUGUUUGUUUUUAAUAAGACAAUGAUGCAUCAGCUUUUAAGAACAAGGCAUUUUAAAUCAGUGACAUUGAAAUGUCCAUCUUCUGUUAGUUUCAUUUUUUUUUUUUAUUCAGCUGGACAACAGUGCAUUGAUCAACAAAUGUCAUGGACUGCAUAGUUUUAUAUAAACAAAGUCUGUUUGUAA